UUGGCCCAGUGCCCAACUAGACUCUCUGUGGAUCAGUCGAGCGAAAAAUCUUUCAAGAAUGUCGAAAUCGAAUGAAAUUGUUAACCCAAAUGAACAUCUUGUCAUACCCGAUUGGAUCACUGAAAAGUAUUUCAAAGCCGUGCUCGAUAGGGACGAACCGAACCAUGUCAAGGUGCUCAAAUUUACACCUGUCGCGGCCAUACCGCCCGGUGAGAACUUUACCUCCAUUAUGCUGCGCAUUUACAUCGAUUUGGAAAUGAAAGAUGGCAGCACAAAAACAAAGACCUACAUCUUUAAGACGAUGCUGCCUAGCGAACGGGGUGGGGCUGAAAUAGAGAAUUUUGGCCUGUUCCCGAAGGAACUGAAGAUGUACGAAACAUAUCUGCACGCUUUCGAGGCACUCUAUAAGGCAGCCGGUGAGGAUAUACAAAUUGCGGCCAAGUGUCUGCACACUGAGGAGCGCGAGGGCUGCAUUCACUUCAUUUUCGAGGAUCUGGGUGUUAAAAAAUUCCGAAAUGUGGACCGCAUUAACGGCCUGGACAUGGUGCAUAUGACAUGUGCUUUACGUAAGCUAGCCGAAUUUCACGCAGCCAGCUCAGUUUAUGAGGAGCAAAAUGGUCCCUUUCCCAGCGAAUUUAAUGAAGGAUUUAUUUCACUCAACACCGAUAAGUUCAUUAAAGAAGGCUUUCAGAUGAGGGAGGUGUCCUUUAAAAAGGCAAUGGCCACAUGGGGCAUGAACGAUGCCGAAAAGUAUAUCAAGAAUUUUCCUACUACAGAACAGUAUUGGGCCAUGUGUAUUAGUACUCUGGAAACUGAUCCCCAGGAUUUCAAUACCUUAACCCAUGGAGAUUUCUGGUCUAGCAAUUUGAUGUGCAAUUAUUUGCCUGACGGAAAUAUAGAUCAACUGAUCCUGGUAGACUUUCAAAUCUGCAAAUGGGGUAGUCCAGCUCUGGAUCUAUUGUUUUUUAUUACGUUAUCAGCUGCAAACGACAUACGUCUUAAGGAAUUUGAUCAUUUUAUCUGCAUUUAUUGGGAGCGUUUAAUAGAAUGCCUUAAAUUACUGAAAUAUAAGAAGCCUUUGCCCAAGUUGCGUGAUCUACAAGCCUCUCUGUACAAGAAGAACAACUCGUUCUAUGCCUUCUUUGCCCUCACAAAUCACCUGCCUCUAAUUGUGUUUCCUACCGAUAAGGAUAGCAAUAUGCAUUCUUUGAUGGCUGAAACUGAAGAAGCAGAAAAUUUACGGCUGCGUCUGACGUCUAAUCCCAUUUAUGCCAAUAUUAUGAAGGAUUUGUAUCCAUUUUAUUUCAAUCGUGGAUUGUUUAAUUUUGACGACUAUAUUACGGAAUUGCGUCUCGCUGGUCGGAGCGUACAGAACAGUAUAGAACGAGGCCAGAUACCAGAUCUUUCAGUGCCCACUUGCAUAUCAGUCAGAAUGCCCGAUAACAGCAACAAAUUCUGUGAAUCGAAUGAUGUGCACAUCCAUAUACCUAGCUGGAUCAAUGAGGCCUAUUUUAAGAAAUUGCUAAAACGUGAACUAACCGAAUUUCGAAAAAUACUGAAUCUCUCUAUAAUACCGGCCUCGCCGCCUGGCGAAUGUGAGAGCUACACCUCGUUGCUAAUGCGCAUUAUAAUCGACAUUGAAAUGAAAGAUGGAUUCACCCAACAAAAGUCGUAUAUUAUGAAAACCAUGCUCACUGAUGCGGCGGGCAUAGGUUAUAUCAACACGCUCAACAUAUUUCCGAAGGAGAAACAAAUGUAUGAGCUGAUUAUACCACAGCUGGAGCAGCUUUAUCAGGAACAGGGCAGAUCUGUCAAAUUUUCGCCCAAGUGCCACUGGGCGGAGAAUGUGAAUGGACGCAUCUCGUUGGUGCUAGAGGAUCUGAAGACCAAAAAGUUUAGCAAUAUCAAUCGGCUCAAGGGUUUCAAUAUGAAACAAAUGCAGCGAGUACUGGAGAAACUGGCCGAGUUCCAUGCAGCCAGCGCGGUCUGGCAUCAGCGCAAUGGUGCCUAUCCGGAGGAUUUCCAACGUAUCUAUCUGCCUGCCAACUAUAACAGAUCCAAGUCGUAUCAGGCGCGAAUACAGAGCUAUAAGACGGCCAUGACCACAUGGGGCUUUAGCAAUCCCGACCUCUACACGAGCAGAAUUCCGACAGCGGAUCAGUUUGUGCAAUGUGCUGCCCGUUGCUUUAACAACGAUCCACUGGAAUUUAAGGUACUUAAUCACGGGGAUUUUUGGUCUGGCAAUAUUUUACUCAAUAGCACUUUGGCCUGUGAUAUCAAGGAGAUACAUUUUGUGGACUUCCAACGCUGCAAAUGGGGCAGUCCCGCUCAAGAUUUAUGGGAGCUGAUCAUAUGCUCCUCGCAUCAUAGUCUGAGAACAAAACAAUUUGAUUGUUUUGUUAGAAUAUAUCACACACAUCUUAUCCAAUGCCUCAAAUUGCUGAACUAUGCCAAGCCGUUGCCUUUGCUCAGGGAACUGCACAUGAGCAUGCUCAAGCAUGGUUUCUGGGGUUACUUUACCACCUUUAUGCAUCUGGUGCUCAUUCUACUACCCGUGGACAAUGGGGCAAGUCUGCCCAAGCUAAUGCUGCCUGGUGAGGAUGGGGAUCGCUUUCGUGCCAAGGUCUACACAAAUCCAUUGUAUGUGCGGGCCGCCUUAAGCAUAUUUCCAUUCCUGCAUAGACGUGGCCUAUUAGAAUUUUAAGAAAUUAUUAUUUAUAUUUACUUACACUUGUUGGACGAAUUUCUCCUAUCUGUAAAUAUAGCAGUCACUUUUGGCUAUCUUGG